CUUUGCUCCGAUAUCCCUACCGCUAUUAUUUGUACUUUACCAAAAACAUGUCUUCUCGAAUUACUCAGGUUGAAGGCUGCGAAUUCAGCACGGAGGAGCUGCAGCAGUACCAUCAGUACUACAGGUUUGAGUGGAACACGGUGAGCCUCGAGCAGGCCUCAUUAACCGAGCGCAUGGCCUACUUCACCUCCACAGUUGACACCACCAUUGACCCUGGACGGCUGCGUGCUUGGCUUCGUACCAUGGGGAUCAUCGAUGAGACAGAAAAGUCGGACCAGCACAAGCUGUAUGAUCGAUUCGAAGCAUACGACUUUUCGACUGCACCUGGAUUCAAUGCGAUGCUGGGCGACGUAUAUGAUACUGACGGUGUGAGCAAGCAUGAACUCGAUACACGUAUGACACGGGCUAAGGCAAAGUACUACAACGAGAAUGUUGAGAAACUCGAUUACCAGGCGUAUGUUGAUUUCAAGGAGGCGACAAAGCCCAAGCCGGUCUGUCCGUACCAGCACCUGUGGGAUGAGGACAAGGCACCUGGGUCAGCCAACACCAAAAACUUCGCCAACGUCAAGAUUAUCGAUAUUGCUGACUUCGUUGACAACGGCGCAACAGUGAGGCUCUCUGCGGCAGUGCUGGGCAGGAUUCAUGACGAAGCUAAAGAGGCAUACCAGGACCAGUACUAUGCGCUGGCUAUUGUGCGCAGCAGCCUUGGGUCUGAUUCUGACGGCACGCCUGUAUUCCUGCCUGCGCUUGGGCCAGGCGAGGAUGGCUCCGCAGCCUUGAAGGCGGCUAUUGCCCUGCAGAUUGAGCUGCGCAGGAUCAACGGCGCCAAGCCAGUGGUUGUGUUUGCUAGCGGGUCUGUCGAUGCCAGCGUCCUGGGCAUAGUCCUGUCAACGGCCGAGCUGAUCACAACCGAGUACUUCUCGACAAGGCUGUUCCCCGAGAACGUAGCUGAUGAGGGCUCAGCAGUGGUUCCGGCGCUUUUUGACUGGGCACACCUGGCGGCAGAGCAGGGCACGGUGGAGUACAUUCUGUGUCGUCCGGAUCUAGUGCUCCGCAGCAGUGAGCUGGCGGCGCUUGGAUUGAGCCAUGGAUUCAUUGCCCACCGGAAACUGGAGGGAGCCAUGGAGCGCAUUCUGAUGGCAGCGUCCUGCCCGCCACCGCACACUCGCGGUGCCUUGCGCAAGGCAUACGUAGUAGAGUCCUCGUAUCCUGGCCCGUCCAAGGUGCAGGUAUGGAGACGCGAGAUCGCCGAGUACUUUGCCCCACUGGCCAGUGGAUCCAAGAGCGUUGACGACUUGAUUUGCGAGCUGACGGCGCUCAACAAGCCAUGGGCAGAGCAGUACGUGGCAUUUGCGGCUUCUGAAAAGGGCAGGGAGCUGGUCCAGUUGCGAAUCGCAGCACUACAGCGCGCGCGUACGCUCGAGUUCUCCAGUGCACUGGAGAUUGAAUUCAACGCUGCACAAGCGUGGCUCUGGGGUGAUAAUGCCACCGCGCUUGAGAUCAAGACGCCGCUCAGCACCAUCCUCGCCGAACUGCCCAAGCCAGCAAAGGCUGAGGACACCAAUCCACUGGAGGUUGAGAUCCCUGGCGAAUGCCCCUUUGCACAGAUGUACCGGCGCAACCCGGAGCGCUUCAAGCACAUCGAUCUCAAGUCUAUCGAGUCGCACAGCCCUCUCAGCCUGUAGAUGUCUUAACAUGUGGUAUUACUUUUGAAAUGGAGCCC